CGUCUCUCUCGCGGUAAUGUGAUGUCAUCCACCUGUCGGUUCAGCAAGCCUUUUUAUCUCUCCAAAUUAAGCCUUGAUUUAUUGAAAAAGUAAAAGUCUUAAAAAUGUGUUUGUCUGCCGUCUGUUUGUGUGCGUAAGAAUAGCAUUCCAAUAGAUACGUUACUUUACCAUUGGCAAUUUAAAAAUAUGUGCAACGGUGUACUGAACGAUAACAGUGUAUCUGUAUAUCAAUGUGACUGUUAACGUAACAUGCGGAUGCGCUAAAGGAGGCGGGUCGAGUGGCUCCUGCAGGUGAGAAACUAACGUUAACCGGAUCUAUUCGGAUCAGACUGUGUUCUGCAAACCUGAGAUACGCGCACGAGCCACGACAGAUCCAGAAGAUCAUCACAUCCACAGGGAACUGAGGUUACAAAAGCAACUGAGACGUUUUUCGACCUGCAGCGACUCAUACUUGGCAGAUUGUGCUUUGUGAUUUCCAUUUUCUCCUCGCUGACCAUUAAACAUCCUCAUGGCAGAAGCAGAAGCUGUUGGAGAACAGUCAACUGAUUUGAUGGGUAAUACAGGAGUUGGACCUCCAGAAACACCAUUUUAUCAGAAGAAAAGAUUUCUGGGAGUUGUUGGUGUGAUUGCCAGUAUGAUUGCCAGUGUGAGUGGAGGUCUGAUUUAUAUAUCCACAAAAAACAACAACGAUUCUUGCUAUCUUAAAGUAGCAGUGGCUGCAGAUGCCGGGGAUUGCUCUCAGGUUGGGAGGGACAUCUUGAAGAACGGCUCAGCUGUUGAUGCAGCUAUUGCUACUCUAUUGUGUGUGGGUCUGUAUAGCGCUCAAAAUAUGGGAAUAGGAGGAGGAGUGGUCUUCACUAUAUACGAUGCAUCUACAGGAAAGGUUGAGACAAUCGAUGCCAGAGAAACUGCUCCACAGAAAUCAUCAGCAAACAUGUUUGAAAAAGACCCCCUGAAAACAGAAUCAGGAGGAUUGUCCAUCGCUGUUCCAGGACUACUCCGGGGUUUCAUGAUGGCACACAAAAGACACGGCAGACUAGAAUGGAAAGAUCUGUUUCAGCCCAGUAUAAAGAUGGCACGCAAGGGUGUUAAAAUUAGCAAAGCCAUGGCUGAAGCCCUCAGCGAGACAAGUGAAAUGAUUGCGAAUAGCACAACAUGGUGCAACGUGUUUUGUGAUUUAAAUAAUAAAACCCUUAAGGAAAAUGAUAUGAUAAAACUUCUCAAACUAGCCGACACAUAUGAGCUCAUAGCAAAUGAAGGACCAGAUGUCUUUUACACUGGAUCACUGAGUCAGAAAAUAGUGAAGGACGUCCAGGCCGAAGGAGGAAUAAUAACAUCUGAGGAUCUACGGGAUUAUGAACCAAGGGUGCAUGAAUACCCAUUAAACUUUACUAUGGGGAAUUAUAUAUUUCAUGUUCCUAGUGCUCCAUUCGGUGGACCCGUGCUCGCUAUGAUCCUCAAAAUACUCGACGGUUACAACAUCACACGCAACAGCAUACAGACAAAAGAGAGAAAGAUUUUGACAUAUCAUCGUAUAAUUGAGGCUUUCCGCUUCACUUACGCCCGAAAGAGUGAACUGGGAGAUCCUCAAUUUGUCAAAAUCACUGAUAUCAUUGAAAACAUGACUUCAGACGAAACUGCAAGAAGCAUCAGAAGUAAGAUAGACGACACCACCACCAAACCUGACAGCUACUAUGGGAAAGACAUCUCUCUACCUUACGACUCUGGGACGUCUCAUCUGUCUAUCAUUGCAGAAGAUGGCAGUGCUGUGUCCGUCACCAGCAGCAUCAAUGAUCUUUUUGGCUCUAAGGUGAUGUCUCCCACAACAGGCAUCAUCUUUAAUAACCAGAUGAAGGAUUUCAGCCGUCCUGAACAAGGAAAGAACAUUAAUAUGAACAACAUAAUUCAACCAGGUAAAAGACCACUUUCAUCCAUGUGUCCCACAAUAAUAAUGGACAACUCGCAACCAAAACACAAACGGGUCAAGAUGGUGGUUGGAGCUUCAGGUUGGACAAGAAUCCCCACAGCAAUUGCACAGGUGGUCCUAAACUUUCUGUUCUUUGACUAUGACUUGAAGCAAUCUGUUGAUGAACCCAGAGUUCACAAUGGCUGGAAACCAAAUGUGACUGAGGUCGAAAAGAACUUUGAUGAGUAUGUGCUUGAGGGACUGAGGCAGAAGAAUCAUGAUAUACAUCUGACUUCACCGAUGGCAGAAGUCCAGGUAGCUGUACGAAAGGGGGACAGAAUCUGUGCUGAAUGCGACUGGAGGGAAGGCGGUUUUCCUGCAGGAUGCUGAAUCACAUGUGAAAGCCCAAAUCUUUUAUUUUGGUAAUUGAGUAAUCAGAUUAUUUACAGUUUUUAAAGUAUGGAAUAAAAACAUACCCACA